AUGCUAAUGAAGGUGAUCUCAUUAUUAAUUCGCAUCUGUGGUCCAUGAAUGGUCGGAUGAACUUUAUCCAACUUAUGCAAACGGCCCAGGCUAGCUACGGAAAAAUUGCAAAGAAGUGGAUUCCAGAAUUAAGGCAUUAUGCUCCGGGUGUUCCUAUAAUUCUUGUUGGGACAAAGCUUGAAAAUUGGUUCUCAGUCGAUGCAAAGGAUCCUAUUGCGCAUGCUAUUGUAAAGGUUCUUGAAGCUAUUGAGAAGAAGCCAUCAGACUUGAACG